UAAAUUAAUGGACACAUUUGCAAGUCAAGCAAAACAUGUCUGUGUGACCUUUUGCAUUCGCACAACAAUAUUUAGAAAAGGGCACUAGUGGUGCAGUUAUCAUGGAUGUAAAGAGUGACAUACAAGAUUUUUUCCGCGACCAGACGAUCUUCAUCACUGGUGGUACAGGUUUUGUCGGAAAGGUCGUAAUAGAAAAAUUAUUGCGAGCUUGUUACGACCUUAAAAUGAUUUACGUUCUUGUCAGAGCGAAAAAGACACAAUCUUCGGGCGAGAGGUUUCAAAAACUUUUCGAUAUGGCUUGUUUUGAGCGAGUCAAAGAGCUGCGGCCAAACUUUCGUGAGAAAAUUCAAAUGAUUCAAGGUGAUUGUUCCGAACCACUGUUAGGUCUCUCGAGCCAAGUGCGCGAAAUUUUGAAAAAAGAGGUCACAGUGAUUAUAAGUGCAGCGGCCGAUGUGAGAUUUGAUCAAGAUCUGAGACAAGGAGUCAACAAUAAUGUAAGAAAUGUUAAAGAGACUCUAGACUUGGCAAAGGAAGUUUUAAAUUUAAAAGCUAUGAUUUAUGUUUCUACGGCGUUCUCAAACCCUGAUCAUGCCCGGAUUUCUGAAAAAUUUUACAAACCUCUUAUCUCUGCGGAAAAUUUGUUACAUCUAGUUGAGGCACUCGACAAUAAAAUGUUGAAAGUUCUAGAGCAAAGUAUUUUGAAGAAAUGGCCAAACGUUUACACCUUCACUAAAAGUGUAGCUGAGGAUCUUAUUAAAAGAGAAGGAAAAGGUCUGCCACUGGCCAUAAUACGACCAGCCAUCGUUAUUAGUUCGAUUGAGGAACCUGUGGCAGGAUGGGUUGACAAUUUGUAUGGCAUAAAUGGUCAAACAACAGGAAUCCUCCUUGGCGCUAUAAGGAGCAUUUAUUAUAUAAAAAAAUACCCAGCCCAUCUUGUUCCGUGCGACUUUCUCGCAAACUUCUUGCUAGCAACAACUUGGAACUUAUCCAACCAAAACAGAUCUCUCGAAAAUCCAAUUCAAAUUUACAGUUGUGUUCCUGACGACUGCAUCAUCAACAGUGACGUGGCUGUGUACGUCGAAAAAUCCAAAUGGUUAUAUCCGAUGGGAAAUAUGUUCUAUUUCCCCAGUUGUUCAUACACCCAGUGUUACUACUACCACAAGUUACGACUUUUCAUUUUCCACUUACUACUUCCACUUAUUGUUGACGGCGUUUUAAUUUGUCUAAACCGGAAGCCAGUGGCAACAAAAUUUUACGGAAAGAUCAACAAAUUUCUCGAAUUAACGCAUUACUUUCGCACGACUUUAUUCCAGUUUGAAAACACAAAUCUGAAACACUUGUGGCAGCAAAUGUCAGAAAAGGACAAAGAAAUGUUCAAUUUUGAUUUCAGCGGAAUCGACUGGGAACCGUACAUGGUGGAGAGCGUAAAGUGGAGCCAACACUUCGUUUUUAAACAAACACUCGGCGAUUUGCCGAAAAGAAAACGCAGAUUGAUGAUUUUCGCAUUUGCUCAUUACGCUGUAACCGCAUUGAUUGCUUUUCUAGCGAUUCAUUUACUUUACACACUUUUUUUAUAAAUAUGGAUGUAGAGGGGUGAGGUCAAGGGAACACUAUUGUGAUUUUAGCUUUAAGAUUUAAAUAAAAGAAGUUAUAUUAAACCAGAAA